UAGACGCUACCCUACCACUAUGGAGGAGACGUGUGCGCUGCGCGACUUUCUUCCUGACGUCACUGUGCUGCGCGGGCCACAUGACAACCACAGCAGCAGCAACGUGUGGACAGGAGUGUUGCCAGUGACCGAUCUGGCUGCAGCGAUGACUUCUCUCUCGCACCAGCUGAAGCGCCUUGCGCUGCCGCAGAAUGACCCUAGCUUGUUUACUCGGCAUCAGGUCGCUUCCCUUCUCUUUGAUCCCAAGGAAGCUGCAAAUAUUGACAGAGACACCUUCUUUGCACUUGGCUGCACAGGUCUUGAAGAACUAAUGGGGAUUGACUCCUCCUUUCAAAUCUUUGAAGAGACUCUGUUCAAUCCAACUUCUAAAACUAUGGAGCGCAGUGUCCAAAGCAAAGCCAUGAAUAACCAGCUGGAUGAGAACAUUUCCUUAUUCCUCACACACCUGUCCCCUUACUUUAUGCUGAAACCAGCCCAGAAGUGCCUGGAGUGGCUUAUUCACAGGUUUCAUAUUCACCUCUACAAUCAAGACUGCUUGAUAGGAUGUGUCCUGCCAUACCAUGAAACUAAAGUGUUUGUCAGAGUCAUUCAGCUUUUAAAGAUCUCAGACCCCACUCAUAAAUGGAACUGGAUGCAUCCAAUCCAGAAACCAGGAGUGCCUCUUGCCAGAAGCACUGUAAUCACACACUGUUACAAGGACAUGGAUUUUAUGGAGUUCAUUUGCAAGUUGCCCACUCAGUCUCUGAAGGUCUUUUCUGAGGACACGGGAGAGGCUGCCAAACUGAGGGUCUUGAUGUCUUUUUAUGCAUCAACAAUUGUGUCUGCUUUGGAUGCUGCCGAGAAGAUUUCUGACGCACUGAUUGCUAAACUCCUUCCUUACGUGCAGAAGGGCUUAAAGUCAUCUGUAGUGGACUACAAAGCUGCCACAUACAUGAUAGUCUGCCAGUUAGCCGUGAAAACUGUCAUGGAACCACACUUGGUUAAAGCUCUGGCUUCGCAGGUCAGCCGUACUCUGCUGAAAACUGCGUCUCUGGUCCGGGAUGGAGUGGGAUGUCUCAUCAUACUGCUUCAGAGUCAGCAGUCAAAUGACGUGGGGAAAAAACCAUUUGUUCAUCUAUGUAAGGUUCCGGACUUAGUCAAUAUACUUCAUGAUAUCUCCAGCUCAUAUGAUGCGCAUUCCUUGUUACAAUAUCUCCUACCAAACCUAGUAUGCGCAAUUAUUCUUUCAUCUACAGAGGACACUGUAGAGCAAGCAGAUCCUGAUGUGUGUAAGAGUUACCUUGAAGCAAUACUCCAUAACAUACCACUAGAGAGAGACUUGGAUAAGCUUUUAGCUUGCACCUUCCUGCAGGAGUUCCUCACUUACGGAGAAGUUCACGGAGCCGACUCUGAUAAAAUGGCUAAGCUCUGCCAAUUUCUCCUUCCUCUCAUUAGACUUUUAGAAAGCAAAUACCCUGAAGCUCUGGAUUUUGUGUUGGAGAAAGAGUUGAAGAAUGUGUCAGAUGAGCAGAAGCAAAGCUUGUUCCAUCAGUUUAUCUCACUCACUACCAGUGGGGGAAAGCAUGAGUUAUUGGCAGAAUGCGAUACAUCGCUCCUGCUCAGCUUGAAUCACCCACAGCCGGCUGUGAGGCACCUAGCGUUGGUACAUUUAAAGGACAUCAUUGAGAAAUCUCAGGCUGGCUUUGAUGAAUCUUUUAUUAAGGAAGCUAUUGUAGCUCGUCUUAUGGACGACAAUGUAGAAGUACUUUUGUCUGCUUUGGACUCAUUCAAGCUUUACCACAGCCACUUCAGUACAGAAGAAAUGGUCUCAAAUUUGCUCAGUUUGUUUGACCGAACAGAUUUGUCUCAGGGUGACAGCUGGUACAAAGUUCUGGAAGAAGCAUUAGACCUCCUCCAGGAUAACUCGAUAAAAGACCACCCAGCGCUCUGCAGUACGGUGGUUCUGACAGCGAUACCACACAUGAUUUUCACAAACAGUCAGUUUCACUCUGCCGAGAAUAAAAUGGCUGUACAUCUGGGAAGAAGUGACAUUUGUAGUCUGCAUCCCCUACUAAAGGGCUGGCCAGAAGCACUUGGUGAGAGCUUACAAAAGGCUACACAUGGAGACUCUUUUGUGCUCAUAAAUAGCAACUUGGCUCAUCUGUUGUCAAACAACUUGACUGCUGUGGACGCAUCUUCAGUUUUAAAAAUGGUGGAGGAUCUGGUGCACAUAGCUGACAAGGAUUCAUUCAUGAUGAGGCAGAAGGUGACCUUUCAUGUGCUCAGCCAUGCCCUGGUAGAGGGUUACUCGGGCUGCCAGGAUCCUGAGCUACAGGCUGCCAUCACAAUCUUUCAAUUGCUUGACAAGAGACUGAGGAAUUUGGAGGCACCAGCACAGAAUAUCACGGACAAGUGGAUGCUGGAUGCUUCGAGUGGGCAGCAGCUGCAUAGUAUUGUGCUGACUAAGUACAUUGAGAAGCUGAAUGCUGGACAAGGUGCAGACGCUGAGGAAGCGGUUUUGUUAAUGCUGUGUCUAAAAAUAUUUAUAAACAAUCUUCAGCGUCCGGAAUCUUUCCCUAAAGGUAAUGUGUGGUGGAAUCCAGAGACCAUGGAGAGUGUGAGCCGCAACUACCUACAAAUCUGUAUUGGCCUCUUUGAUGUGACUGUGUUGGGGGCCAGUGAGGGAGAGCAUACAAUCAACUUUCGAGCUCUCUUGAGUUUCUUAAUUAUGCAACACUUUCAAAAUCACGUGGAACUGUUCAGCUUCCUCUCACUGCUCUGGACAUACGGCUGCAACCUUUCAAGUCCUUUGGCCUGCACAGUGAAUAUAGUGCUACAGACUAGGGCCCUUUACAUUGGUCACACCUUACUCACAUCCCAGUCUGCCCAGAAGAAAAAACAGCUUGCAUCGAUUUCUACUGCAGUGGUUGUGGCCUUGCUGGUUAACUUGACGAGUCCUGUGAGAGAGGUGCGCAGAGCUGCCAUAACCUGCUUACGUGCACUCGGCGCAGUGAUAGACUCCCCACUCUCCCAAGUCAUUAAUGCUGUGAUGGAAAGAACUGAAGAGAUCAUCGCCGACUCUACUUAUGUGGCUCAGGCUUUAGGUAGUAUGUUUGAAGAACUGCAGACCUCCGGUUCCUCCAAGACUACACAAAAGCUCUCAAAUGCACUGAAUCUACUCCUGAGUCUCCUGCAGACCCCAAGCUGUCCAUCGUAUGUCUGCAGAGUUUUGCUGAAGGUGCUUGAUGAUGUAAAUGGAGAGGCUGUUCUCACUCGGCUGUUGCCAGUCUUGGACAGAUUGCUGGAGAAAGUUGCACGUUCUGCAAGUCAGAUUCUACCAGAUGAGGCACUGCUGCUGCAGCUCAUCCUGGGGAAGUAUAAUGAACACUCUGCUGGCCUCUUGUCUAAGAACGCUGAAUGCCUAGAUAUCUUUCUGCGAGCACUGACAACUCCCCAGGUCAUUGCUGAUGGGAUGCCUUCCUUCCAGAUCACUGCACUGGGACAGAUCUCCAAGACUUUCUUUGCUGCUAUAGAAGACGGGACUGUUCAGCAGAAGCUACUGGGGAUCCUCUUUGACUUGCUUGUAGACAACAAAAACUCUGCAUAUGCCCAGGCUGUCAGCAGUGCUUUUAAAUCUAUCUCCGUUAAUGCCGGUCAUGUGAGUGCAGAACUUGAACCACCAGGAAAAGACAAAAGUGUGUCUUCGGUGCGAGAAACCAGGAGAAGUAAAAUGCAGGGUCAAAGGAAACCGCAGGCUGACGUGCCAGAAGAAGGGAAUGUGAACUGGCCUAGGACCACCCUUAUCCUGGAGCUGCUGCAGCACAAGAAGAAGCUGAAGGAACCACAGCUCUUAGUGCCUACUCUGUUUUACCUGCUCUCUAGGUGUCUUGAGCCUACAAAUCCUGUGCCGGAUAACUUGGAGUACACCAAGCAGCUAAUACUUAGUUGUCUGCUUAACAUCUGUGAGAAGAUUUCAUUGAACAAUGCCCAGGAUGCAAAAGAAAUUCUUGAUGAAGAAAAGUUCAAUGUGGAGCUGAUUGUCCAGUGUGUCCGGACCUCUGAGAUGCCUCAGACUCAUCAUCACGCACUGCUUCUGCUGGGAGCUGCCUCUGGAAUCUUCCCAGACAAAGUAUUGCACAACAUCAUGCCCAUCUUCACCUUCAUGGGUGCCAGUGUUAUGCGGCUGGAUGACAGCUAUAGCUUUCAAGUUAUCAGUAAGACUGUGCAGACUGUGAUCCCAGCGCUUAUACAGGCAGAAGGAGAGGCAUCACAGGACACCAAAGAUAAUGUGGAGAAGGUUGUAGAGAAGAUCAUACAUGUAUUUGUGGAUGCUCUGCCUCAUGUCCCAGAACACAGGCGCCUGCCCAUUUUGUCACAGCUUCUGGACACUGUGGGAACGGAACGAUUCCUUUGGGCACUACUGGUUCUUCUAUUCCAGCAACAUGUGACCAAAACGGUCACCGUGGCAACCAAUGGAGAGAAGGAUGCCGUUUUGGAGCAGGACACUGAAUUCUGGAUAUCAGUCUGUUGCGAGUUCAGUGUCUAUAAUCAACUGGAGAGUUUGAUCAAGCUGCUGAACUUCCUUGGGAAGCUCCCAGAAAAUAAAGAUGAAGAAAACCCUGAGCAGAAGAAAGGGAAGGCCCAGAAGCAGAAACCUCAGAAGGAAGACUCUCAGCUCUUCAGUGUGGAGAGCCACUCUGCUAAGCAGCUUCGUCACUUUAAGUUCUUGGCUGUGUCCUUCAUGGCACAGCUCUUGGCUUCUCACAGUUUUGUUGGCAAGGUUGUGGAGUGCGAAGUUGCUGAGGGAUUAAAAGAAUUGGAGCAAAGUUUAUUGGAAGAGGUUCUUUGCUAUAUCAACUUAGUAGCCAGCUCAGUGGAAGCAAACGCAGACAAGCCCACAGCAAAGUUUUGGCGUGCACUACUCAAUAAGUCCUAUGAGCUACUAGACAAGGUCAAUGCCUUAUUGCCUACCGAAACCUUUAUCCCAGUAAUCCGGGGACUUAUGUCCAAUCAUCUGCCAUCUGUGCGACGUAAAGCAAUGGAUUUAUUGAACAACAAGCUUCAGCAUCGAACACAGUGGCAGGAAGAACAGGUUGAGUUAUUGCUGGGACUUGUUGAGGACCUUAUUUCUGUUGCAAACCGGAAGGCGAAUGUGGAAGGGGAAGAGCAAGCUAUCAACAGACAGACCGCUCUAUACAGUUUGAAACUGCUCUGCAAAUGCUUUGGUUCUAACAGGCAGCAGGUGUUUGUACCUGUGCUGAAUGCUGCAGUUGACCUCAUCUCUGCUAAGGAGCCAGAGGAAAAGAAUGUAGUUGGCAGUGCUUUGCUGUGCAUUGCUGAAAUUACAAGCACCAUCAAAGCUCUAGCCAUUCCGCAGCUGCCGAGACUGAUGCCCGCUCUCCUCACCACUCUGAAGCAAAGAAAAGAGCUUCUUACUAGUGAGAUACACCUACUCAGCUCAGUGACUGCUCUACAAAAGGUGGUAGAGACUCUCCCACACUUCCUCAGCCCCUACCUACAAGAGACAUUGCUGCAGGUUACACGUCUGAACAAGAUUGCUGACAAAGUCGGACCAACUUCUCAGCUUUCUAUAAGGGUGACAGCACUGAAAGCAACCUUGGCAACAAAUCUGGCAGCCAGAGUUCUUCUCCCAGCCAUCACCAAGUGCUACUGUCAUCUUGUGGACACACGGCAGCAAAAAUGCCUGGGCUUUCUUAUGGACAUCCUGAGGGAACACAUUGCCUCAAUGGAGAAACAGCAGCUCUCAUCUCACCAGUCCGAGCUGACGUCUUUCUUCCUAAAGGCCCUGGAUUACAGAACAGAGCAUUUAGAGAGCGACCUGGAAGAAGUGAACACCACUGAGGGCCAUAUCAUUAACUGUUUGAUUAUCAUGGUCAUGAAGCUCUCGGAGGCCACGUUCAGGCCACUUUUCUUCAAGCUGUUCGACUGGUCCAAAACAGAAGGAGCCCCCAAGGACAGACUCCUCACCUUCUGCCGGUUGGCUGACUGUAUUGCUGACAAGCUGAAGGGGCUCUUUACCUUGUUUGCCGGUCACCUUGUUAAGCCUUUUGCAGACAUUUUGAAUCAGACAAACACAAUGAAAACUGAUGAAGAAUUUUUUGAAUCUGGAGAUAACGAUGAAAAGAGUUGCCUUCUUCUGGAGUUUGUUCUCAAUUGUCUGCACAAAAUCUUCCUAUAUGAUACUCAGCAUUUUGUCAGCAAGGAGAGAGCAGAGGCAUUAAUGAUGCCAUUGGUGGAUCAGAUUGAAAAUUUACUUGGAGGAGAUGAAAAGUACCACAUGCGAGUGAGCAGGAGCCUUGUCCCCUGUAUUGCUCAGUUCUCUGUUGCUAUGGCGGACGACUCCCUCUGGAAGCCUCUCAACUACCAGAUCCUCCUGAAGAUGCGCCACUCAUCUCCUAAGGUUCGCUUUGCUGCAAUGCUUGUGUUGGUUGAUCUAGUGGAAAAGCUGAGGGAGAACUACAUGAUCCUGCUCCCAGAAUCUAUCCCCUUCCUGGCUGAACUCAUGGAAGAUGAAUGUGAGGAAGUGGAACAACAAUGUCAGAAGACCAUAAAGCAACUGGAAACUAUUCUGGGAGAAUCACUCCAAAGCUAUUUCUAAGAGACCUUUAUUCUUCUCCAGCCCAGACUGAGCCAGACUGUAUUAUGAAUAACUUUCUUAUCAGAGAAAGUGAACUAUGUAAAGUCCAGAUGUCCAAAGAUGACCAUGCUGACCUGCAGAUGUUAUCGAAGAUCACCACCCUCCCCCCCAGCUGUCUUUGUCCUCAUUCUCAAUAAUGGUGUAAUUCAUUUUAAUCAAAUUAUUAUAGAGUGUUGCAUUUGUGUGCCACCCACUCUGCAGUAUUGGGCUGGUGCCUACAGAAUUGCAGCAAUAUGGCCAGCAGAGGUGUGUUCCCAUACCACUUUGGAACUUUCCAUUCUGAAAACAUUGAAGUCAUGUUUAUAGCUUUAUUAUGUUUUGUAUACUUAAAAUCUAUAUUAUAUACUGGAAAUUUAACAUUAAAUACAUAAACUGGU